AUGGGAGGCCCGCCAUGGAGGGGAGGCCGCGAGAACAAAUCCGGCAAGGGCGGCAAAGAUGGUGGUUACUACUGGCGUGGUGCCUGGUCGCCCAACUACCCCAAGGCGGGCAAGGACAGGGCUCCGGACAUCAAGUUCCCUACGUACGACAGUAUGAGUGUGGCACAGCCCAAAGCUGGGCGCGGACCGGACAGGCAGCCCGACGAAGUGCUCAUGGAGGACUCGGACGACCGGCUGCGGAGUGUGAUGCAAGAGGGAUUGAACCAAGCGAGAAAGGCAGAGCAGCGUGUAAGACAGCUGGCUCAGACCCGUACCAAACGGGAAGGGCAGUGGACUGCCUACCUAGACGCGCUGCGCAAGUCGUACCUGCGGGAGCACGACAAGUACCAGCGCGAGAUUGGACGGAUCCAGGACGAUCUGCAGACGGCCCUCCAAGCACAGGAGGAAGCUCGAGCGAACCUCCGGACACUGCACUUGCGAGAAGAGAGGCCCGCUCCCGCGGCUCCAGUCGAGGAUGCAUGGGAUGCUCUCACGAGGGCGUGGCAUCAGGAACGCCGAGAGGAGCAGGAUGCCUCUGCCGUUUUGAGCAGAGCAUUUGGUUCGCAGUCGGAGGCGGCGGCUGUCCUCGCAGGAGAGCGACGACUCAGUCCGGACAUGAUGGCUUUUCUUCAGGCGAUGGGGGCCAUGCAGGCUGGGGAAGCAGCCUCUGCCAGGCCACAACAGACGGAAGGAGCGAUCCCGCCGGCCCGACAGCAGGCCUACAAUGCCAUGUCUCCGAGCCCUCGCCCUCCAGCAGGGCCUGGUUCGGGGACCUUGGAGCCCCCGAUGCCGGUGGUCAGCGAACCACCUCCAGGACUUGCGCCCCAUCAACAGCCUUUCUCAGCUGCCGAUCCUACUGCGGUCCGUUUGUCUGGGUCUGGAGAUGUCAAUGCGGAAAUCGGCGACGGACAGCUGAGGCCGAGGAAAGCGGUAAAGGAGCUGCCAAGCGGCGUCGUGAAGGCAGCCUCGCCUUCGACCAAGAGCCUUGCCGCGAAGCUGGAAGAGAAGCGAGCGCAGGAGCUGGCCAAGCAUGCACCUGCAGGCCCUUCGAGCGCCUCCGAGUCACCUGGCCAGAUCCCCCUUGGGAUCCCCGUUGUCGACGACGAUUCGGACGAGGUCUACGGCCAUCCAUUGCACCUCCUUCGGACCAACAUGCAGAUGAUUUCAUACUGCUACCGGCAGAACCAGGUGCAUUAUGCUGUUGCCCUCACGCUCCGACAGGGACUUGUGAGUUUGGUCAGCAAGGUCAGGCGCUUUGUUCAGCGUGACCGGUGCACGGCCGAGGACCUCUUGAACGACGUCGCUGCAGAGCUUGAUUGUGAAGUCUCUGAGGUUAGCAUAUAUGUCGGAGCUGGGUUUCGACUUUGCUCCGGGGCAGACAGGCUAGGCCUCUGCCACGGCGACGCAAUCACCAUCUUGCGCACGGGUGUGCCAACCCCGCAGCCCGUCCUCAUUAGUGAGCUCUUCCAGAUAGGCGAAAUGUGGGACCUUCCCGGAGAUGUGCCAACUGCUCAUAGGAGGCCUUGCAUUGCCGUUUGGUUCCGCGACGGGUGGCAUGUCCUUCAGACAGCACUGUUCCCGGGCCGAGACAUCCUUAGUAUUGUCUCUGAGCGGUUUCGUGUUUCCGCGGAUUUGCUUCAAAUCGAGGUGUCCUUGUGCGUUUUUGGCUUCGCUUUGUGGGGCGAGCCUUGCAGCUCUGUUGCAGUCAUACAUGAACAUCCUGGGCUUUUGCCUGAGGACGACGAGUGCGAUGCUUGGAGCCUGAUUUGUGACCUCAGGCCGAUCGGAUUGCUGCCCAAGGUGCUGUCGGUGCCUGCCCAGGGGUUCUGUCUUCAGGACCUUGAACGCCUUCUCGUUCUGCCUGUAGGUCGAGGGAUUCGCUAUGCAUUGCAAGAGGUUGGUGAGAUACCUGCAGAUGGCACGCCGAGUCUACAUACGCUGCUAGUGACCGCCUCCCCUGAGCGCGACGGUGCCCGACUCCAGGUACCUAGAACCUACCACGCAUGUGGAGCCAUCGCUGCAAUCGUCCAGGGAUCUUAUUUCUUCCGGGCCAGUGAGGAACCGGGUCCCCACCUCUUUGUCCAUAGGACAGCACGGCACCCGCGGCCGCCUAUAGCCUCGGACUCCGAUACGAGUGAAAAUAGUGCCCACAGCCUUUCUGUUUCCAUACAAGUGCUAGUUUUGGCUGUAGAUUGGGUUGGCAAGGUUGUUGCGGUUGAUGUUCGUGUGCCCGAAACGGAGCAAGACCUUUUCGCUGCGGUUGAGGAAGAACUGCCGCAGCACUUUGCGCUCCGGUACCCGCACCUUGUAUCUGUCUGGCCCCAACCUUCGGAUGAGUGGGCGACGGUUUUGGCAUUGCCUUGCUGGACCGACAGCGCGGAUAUUGUUGUCCUGGACUUGCGGCAGGUCGAUGGUAGGCUGUUUGCCACGACGUGUGCCCCAGUUGUCAUGCGCGGCAGCCUUUUUGACCUGGCUGAUGUUGCUGAUGAUGGUUCUUGGCAAGUUGUCGCAUUCGGACGGCCCCUUGUUGACCGUGACGCUAUGAUCCCAAUUGUGCGCCAUGGUUGCGUUGCCUUCAAGCGAGCUGGGGUCCUGGGACCGCGAACACAUACGCUUGCUGCUAUGCUGGCGUCUCCUUUCGGCUGGGAUGAUGAAGUUGACGUGCCGCUCGGGCCCGGUGGCCGGCGAGGGAACUUUGUCUGCAUUGUUCUGGAAGAUGGCAUGAGGCUUUUCCGCAUCCCGCCUUUUCGAGGACGCCACCACCUCGAAGACAUCUCUGAAGCUUUUGGGCUUGCCUUGCACUGGACCACGGCUCGCGUUGCACGACCGGCUGUGCAUGAUGCCUGCUAUCGUGGUCACCGGUGCCGGGGUGUUGCACUGGUGUCCGGGUCCUUUCCGAACGUGCCUGUUCCUCCAGCUUUGUUUCGCCCCGGGGAUUUCCCCAUUGCACUUGACUGCAGAGCCAUUCUUCAGGGCUGGCAGAUGCAUCUUGUUUUCGACUUCCGGUGCUCCCAUGCGGAGCUGGUGCAGCAGUACUCUACCCUCGCGCCCCCCGACUUUCAGGCACAGAUUGAUGGGGCCAGCCUUGUCCAUGACAACUUUGUGGUCCAUAGCGGGAGUGUACUCACAGUGCAAUGGGUUCCUGUAUCCCCGGAGCCCUCCAUCGGGCAUGCGCCGGAGGAUGUUGCAGUGCCUUCGGAUGCUGAUUCUGCCACCUUUGCUGAUCCUGCGCCUCAUGCUGCCAACACUGGGUCGGACGAAAGGGCUGCGCUCACUUCCUCCGGCGGCCGUAGCCGCUCGCCAUAUCGCACGCGAUUUGCUGGAGCGCUUGCAGCGGCCUGCUUUGUACAACAGCCGCCUGUCCUCAGUGCUGUGGUGGUUGCGCGUGGCCCGGACCACGAUCUGCCAGGAACGGGUCUAGGGAUACCGGCAGCAUCAGCUGAUAUGCAACACUGGAUUGCGCAAGGCCGUUCGCUUUUGCAGCGUCCUCCACCGGAUGUGAUGCGAUGGGCGCCGGAUCUCCUCCCACUUCAAGAGGACGAUCUCAACCUGACAGGCGACAUUGUUGAGAUUCCCUUUCUUGUCUUUGCGCUUGAAUACUGGCCGCAGAAAGUCAUCAUACACGUUGCUGUGCCCGUUUCUGGAAUGCAGGCGCUUGCCGCUGUCAAUGAAGCGCGGGACGGACCGUCGCGUGCGCUUUUCCCACAUCUGAUUCCUGCGUACCCCCAGUCCCGGGCUGGAGUUGGACUACUCCUAGCCAUGCCGCAGUGGCCACUAACAGAUGUGCCGGUUCUGGUUGACCGAGAGCAUUUCGAUGGCCGCAUGCAUUGCGCGGUGCUCGCACCUGCCAUGACACGAGCUUCCAUCCUGUCUGCCAUUGGUGUUGAGCCGCAUGCCGCAAUUCAGGUAUAUGUGAGUGACUCGCCUCAGGCCCUAGGUCCCACCGAGGUUUGUUUCCUCUCACCUGGAGACAUGCUUUGUGUUGCUUGGAGACGGCACCCAGUUCUUGUCGCAGCCAGCCUUGACGACAUGUUGCAGUCAGCAGCAGGUUGGAACUUGCAGGUUGAUCUCCCUGGGCACUUCGAUAGCGCUCUUUGGGUGCUCACAGAAGCCGAGCCGGUCUCAGUUGAUCUCACAGCGUUGGGUCACCGAUUACUUCGGGACAAGCUUGCUGAGGUUUCGAAUGUCUCGCGCGCUGAUCUGACGGUCUGCACCGCCUUCCCGCGCAUCUGGGAUCAUUGCGCUCACGGGGUUUAUCACCGAUCCGUGCUUGCGGCGAUCCGUAGCGGUCCCCUGCCACUCCGUCCUGCCUGCCGCACUGUCUUUCUUGACAUGAGGCCUGUGCUGCAUGGAAUCACCUGCGUCUCUGCUGCGCCUCCCGGCUUCAACCUUGAGGCCUUUGUAAGGAGAUUCACCGUCCAUUGCCCGGAAGGCUUCUUUGUGCAGGUGCGUGGGGGCGAUGCCGUGCAUACUGAUUUUGGGGUGCAUCUUGCUGUGCCUGAUGGCGGUGUGCUUUCCGUGCACUUUGUGCCGAGGCCCUCUCGGCGCACUGAUGGCACAGCCCAGCACGGCGGCUCUGGGUCAGAAGGCACCGAGCAUUUUGAUCUGACUGACGGUCAGUGCCUUCUGCCAUGCAGUACUGAGCACCUGCAGACACUGCAACAGAAGGUGCGACCUUGUGCCCUUGGGGGCAUCCCCACAGGAGUGCCCAAGCCAUGGCGGUUUCAGGAUUGGGUUGAUUCAGGUUCGGUCGGCCGCCUCCCAGGUCCUGGCGAGAGACUUGUCCUCACAGCAGAUGGCUCCUUCUGCUCGCGCACAGGGUCGGCGGGAUGGGCUGUUGUCCUCAGUGUCGCUGCCAGUGAGGAUCCCGGACACGGGCAAUUCGUUGGCUGUCUCUUCGGUACUGUCGACACGGCAAUAAUACAGGAACCGUGCAGCGCCUUCGUCGCUGAGGUUGCCGGCCUGCUUUGGGCCGGAGUGGUUGCGUUUCAGCAUCCAACCUUUGCGGACCUCACUUUCCGUGCGGACAAUCAGGCCGCCCUUCAAGGAGUUGAAGGUAAGAUGCUCAUGCCUGAUACUUGCUUGUCGCUUGCGGCUCGGAGCUUGCACUUUGCUUUGGCCGUUUUGAAUCAACGGACACUCGCAUAUCAGCAUGUUCGCGGGCAUGAUGGUGAUUGUGCCAAUGAACUGGCAGACGGCCUUGCCAACUUAGGAGCUGUAGGCAAACAACGUCUGUUGCCAUUCACCUUCCCCCUCCAUGAGUGGCUUGCUGACCGUGCAGCUCGUGCGCGCUGGUUGCCGCACGUAUGCCUUAGCAUCACUCGACCAUCUGUGCUUCCAACGUUGCGCAAUGGUCUUCUCUCUUGGACGGCAAAACAGGAUGCGCCGCGACUCACGCCGCAUCAGCUUAUGGGACCUUUCACUCGAGCCCUUGGCGCUGCGGGUGGUCUUGCUGCCUCCGCCAGCUUUGACUUUCAGUGUAGGUGCGCAUCCUUCAACUCCUUAUCGCUCCUUGACCCAGCUAGUGCUGAAGUUCAGGGCGGCGGCCUGUAUGGCGCCGCCGGACGCGUCGGGCUACUCGCCAACUCACUAGCCGCAUGUCAGGUGUAUAUAGCGGGAGUGCAGGAAACACGUACGCCGGCCGGCAGUUGCAUGCAGGCGCUGUACGCCCGGUACGGCAGCGGGUGCAACGAGAGAAGGUGCUAUGGAGUUGAGCUGUGGAUUGCUCGAGGUGAAUCAUGGCCGUCCCACGUGUUUUCGGUGAGCCACGCGGACCCUUGCCGCUUAAUCGGUCAUUUGCAGUUCGCUGAACUUUCGCUGAAUGUGCUUGUUGGGCACGGGCCUCACCGCGCCUUUUCGGAUUCAGCUCGCCGAGAAUGGUGGGCGGACACCCUCCGUCUAUGCAGGACAAGCCUCCAAGGCUCGGAUUGGCUCGUGCUCGUGGACGGCAAUUGUCGUCUUGGUUCCGAAGUUUCAGCCUUUGUCGGAGGCCAUCAGCCAGAUGUCGAAGAUGUUGCCGGCACUGCCUUUCACGAGCUUCUGGGUUGCCUGCAUUGCUGGCUGCCCAGCACAUUUGAGUACUGCAUGGAAGGAGAUGGGGGCACUUACAUGCAGUCGCAAACACAAGUGCUCCAUCGUUGCGAUUUCGUCGGGCUUCCCAGCUGUUGGAAUGUGUGGCAUGUGCGCGCUUUCGUUGAACCGGGCAUCACCGCGGGACACGUUGCGCCAGACCACUUCGCAAUAGUGGUAGAAUGUCACAUUGCCCUACAGCGGAGGCGCGGAGGCAAGAAGGCUAAACGCAUCGACCCUGUUGCGCUCAAGGACCCGCGCAAUGCCGAACGCAUUGACAGCAUUUUGCGUGAUGCACCUCAGGUUGAGUGGAGCGCCAAUGUUAACGAUCAUGCAGCGGUUGUGGUUGAAUACUUCUUUGGGGCUCUUUCUAGUAACUUCCCCCUAGCCAAUAGGCGCAUGCGUAAAUCCUUUCUUUCGGCAGAAGCAGGGACUUUGCACGCAGCCGUCGCGCAUCUGCGCUAUGCCCUGCGCAACCGGUCUGCGGCAUUGCGACUGGCGCGCUUGAGAUGCGCAUUUCUUGCUUGGCGGGGUUCGGACUGCUUUCCCGACUUGUUCUUCGGUGAAUGGGCCAGUCAUCUGCAGCUCGUCAUUUCCGCUUUGGCGUCCCGGCUUGCGGAUGCUGGUCAAGCCCUCAAAAGAAUUUGCCGGCGGGACAAACGCUUGCACAUUGACUCUCUUGCAGAUCAGGUCCAACAAGCGCCUGACGGCGAGGUUCAUGUUGCUCUGCGGCGGAUGCUGCGACCCAAGAAGUUUCGCCGCUCCGGACAUGACCCCCUGCCGCGUCUUCGCAACUCCGAAGGAGGCUUCUGUGCGUCGCAAGCUGAAAUCACCGCAGAAUGGCGUUCCCACUUCGCGGCGCUUGAGGGCGGCCGCGCAGUCUCUCUUGAUGAACUUGUGCAUGCUGUCGUUCAAGGGCAGGCGCAGGCGGAUCCAGUCGAGGUAUUGCACUUUGACGAAGUUCCGGACCUGCCCUCUUUGGCCGUGCAUUUUCGCGCUGUGUCUCCGAAUAAGGCAUGCGGACCGGACUGGCUUCCUCCAGCCUUGUGCAGGCUCUUUUCCUUCCAAAUGGCGGAGGUGUUCUAUCCUGUGCUCUUGAAGACCCUCGCGUACACCGCCGAACCGGUCGGGAUGAAAGGAGGAACCUUGUACAGGAUUCCAAAAGCAGGGGCUCUUGACCCGUGCUCGGUGACUUCACAGCGUGCCAUCCUGGUGCAAUCCGUUCUCGAGAAGGUCAUGCACAAAGCAGUUCGUGGCCUUACUGUUCGGGAAUGGAACAAAACCGCGCCAGAUCUCAUGAUAGGGGGGCGUAAGGGUCAAAGUUACGUCUUCGGGUUUGUCUGCACUCGUGCCUUCCUUGAGUACACUCGCCGCCGCUCUAUUCCAUCUGCUAUCCUCUUCACUGACAUCAGUUCGGCUUAUUAUUCCGUGAUUCGUGAGCUGCUCACAGGUGGCAAGUUGGAGCAGGCGAGUGUCCUCGAAAUCGCGGCGUCCUUGGAGCUUACGCCCGAGGAUUUGCAGGCCCUUCAGGCCCACGUGGCAGACGAGCCCGUGCUCUGUGGCGAAGACUCUGGACCUCUUCUGGCGGCGCUUACUCAAGAGCUACACUCAGGAACUUGGUUCCUGAUGCACCAGGAUGCUGAGGUCGUUCAUACCCGCCGGGGCACUCGCCCCGGCAGCAGCCUUGCUGACGUUUUGUAUGGGCUGCUCUUCACGCGUGUACUCCAACGACGCGGAGACUUUGCGUCCGAAGGCUGGAAGCCGAUCAUUCCUUGGAAUGGACGCCGAGACCUGCAGCCCUACGAUGGCAGGGCAGCGCAGCAAACAUCCGUCGAGGUACAGGACCUGGUGUAUGCUGACGAUCUGGCGACAUGUAUAGUCGAACGACAAGUUGCCAGGCUCUUUGGAGCGCACCUCUGCUGCCAUGCUGCCGUCAAAGGAGAUCCGGGAUCCCAGGUGUUUGUACUGUGCAACGGCCGUGAGCCAUACCCCAGGACCAUUCUCGCGCAGAAUGGGGAGCCUGCCACCAUUGAUCGAGAAGACCUGUCGGCGGACCUCUUUAGAGCCCGCGCCGACCGGAUUGACCUGGCCCGCAGAGUCUCGCUUUUUCGCACCCACGUGCUGUCGUCGCUUUUCGCGGGCAGUGGGGGUUGGCCGUGCCUCUGUAAGCGUGGGUGGUCCCUUCUUGAGACGGGCUUUUACCGCAUGCUGCGGCAGAUGCUCCGCAUUCCCAGGCACGAGGACCAGAAGUGGACGUAUGAGCGUAUUUUGGCGGCUGUCGGCCUCCCUUCGCUCGAAGGUUUCCUUGCACUGGAGCGCUUGCGCUUCGUGGCACAACUUGUCCGCAGUGGGCCGGAUGCAGUUUUUGCCUUGAUCCAGCAGGCCCCCGGCUUCCUCCGGGCCAUUGGUUUGGCAGAACAAUGGCUGCUUCUGGCCACGGAGUCCACUGGCAGCCCGGGGUCUUUCGCAGGGGCUUGGCCCGCCUGGUGUGACUUGAUGAACUGCCGAGGGCGUUGGAAAGGCCUUCUGCGGCGAGCCGAACGCUGGCAUGUCCAGCGUAUAGGCGCUCUUGCUGAGUACCAGCAGGACUGCCAUGCUUGGUCUGCUCAUGUUUCCCUGCGCUGCUGUCAAGCGCUCGAGCGGGGCUUUGACGGGCUCUUCGAGGUUGUAGAGGCUCGGCACGGACAUGAGCAGGGACCCUCCAUCGAGGGCGUGGGUACUGCUCACCUGCCGCCGCUCGCGGAUUCAGUUUCCACUCCUUUGCUUCGGGUGCUCCAGGAGGGCACUUGGCAGGAGGCUGAGCAAAUCUUCGAUGCUGUGAUUGCUGUGAUUGAGCCUCUUCCUGUACUUCGGAACACGGUUGAGCUUUGGAUCAUAGGCCUGCCUUCGCUGCUCGUGUCCUCCGUUGACACAGGAGUCCGUCCGGUUAUCGCCUGA